AUGCAUGAUGUCCUCAAAUUUGGCGUCAAGUUUCAGAAAUCAUUGCAUUCUGAUUGUCUUUCAACCCUUGUCACAGUCGACUCAAGUACCACAUUUACCGAGAUCUUGCAUCUCACUUUCCGUCAGUUCCAUCCUGACGUACUCAACACAGUAGAUGACUUUUGUUUUCUCUUGAAAGAUGAUGAUGAGAAGGCCUUGACAUAUAUAUCUGCCGAGAAUGUUGGACUUUUAGACAGAAACCUUGUUCAUUUAGUACAGAUUCCCUCUCUUGCAUCAAAACAAGCCAUUCAUUUACUCACCAGUGAGUUAAAUCAAUUGAACUGGAGCAAUUUGCAAUGCCAAACGCUGACCAACAUCCUGCAGGAACUUGCGAAGCUCCUGCCCUGCCGACAGUUUGCCACCGAGUUCCUAAAGAACGGUGGACAUGAGGUUAUCUUUCAUUUGCUGGAACGCUAUCCCAUUUUCGACCCACAUCAAACAGUGUACUUCAUCAGCGGGUCAGUAAGUUCACCUGAUCCCACCGUCUGGUCCACUUUGGUAGCCUGUUUGGCGGAGCUGUCCGAAUACAGCGUAAACAGCUCCGGUGUGCUAACCAAUGAAGAUCGGACUACUGAAGCGAACGAUUCGGCAUUUCUGCCUGAUACCAACUCCUCUGAUUCAUUCGGGUAUUCCCUACCAGAGUCCUUGCUAAAUGAGGUCUUCAGUUGGCACCUGGCCUCAGAACGUUUCCUGUCUGUGCUGGUUCACCAGUGUUCUACACAAACGGAAUUGGAACCACUACGAGAUGGCCUCAAAGUCCUGCUCAAAAUACUCAUCAAUUGCCCAAUCAAAGCAGACAGUGUCAUAUCACAGCUCAGUCCCGACUUCAUCUUUGACCGGCUGCGGAAAGUUUACGAUUCAACACCGAUUGCCGCGAGCUCCCCACACCCGUUGGUCAGCCAUGACCUCAGUGGUUUCACCCCUCGGCUAUCAACCUCUCGCGUAAAUUCUGCAACAAUUAGUGCUCCCAAUUCUUGCGCGUCAUCUCCCUGCUCUCGUGCGCCAUCUCUCCAUGCAGACUCUUCCGCAACCAAUAUUGACACAACGACGUGGCCGAAUCAGCUGCUGUCGGAACUGAAUUGCAUGCUGCUUGAUAUGAUUUAUCUUAUUUUGCAUCGCAGUCGUCAGGUUGGUCGCCUAGAGGAGGUCAUUCCCACCUACCUGAAUGCUCCCAAUUUGCGGCUUCUAGCCAUGUACUUCCCCCAACUGAAGCAUCCCGAGCUGUGGAACAGUUUCAAUCCUAGGACUUCGAGCGUCAGCGCAUUGCAAGAGAAGGCUUCCACUUUAAAACGAAUAAGUGACUCUGGCCCCCCUGGUCUUCCUCGUUGCUCUUCCACGUUGCACCGUCAGAACAGCACGUUUAGUGGGGGACAUUCGACAUUCUUCUUCCCCGAUCCCUCAAUUGCAACGAGCAUACCGUCACAGCGAUUCAAACCGUCAAGAGGCUAUAGUCAGCGCAGUCGAACGGAGGAGGAUUUGAUCGAUUCCCUUCACCGCCUCCAGAACAUACAAUUUGCAUUUUGGAAUGAUCAACUCAAAACAUCCUCUGAGGAUGAACCGACCACCUGGGCGGAGAAGUUGCAAACGUUGUGCCAGCUAGCCACCCCAAAUUGGACACUCACGAAAUGUGCAGACCGUCCGUCGAAACUGCACUACUCCCGAUUAGGAUUCAAGUUUCCUGGGAAUCCUCACCUGGAUUACGCCUCUCCGCCAGGGCUUUUGGGGUACAAAUGUCUGUGUUCAUUCCUCACACAUUGUGCUGAGCUUAGAGAGGAGAUUCUCAACUACGGGCGGGCCGAUUUACAGGUUCCUAUCAAUCGGUCUAUUUUGCCUCGCUCAACUUGGUCGCAUUCGCCCCCCUCGAGGUCACUCAUCAUGAAGCGGUCGAGCGGACGUAGCCAGAGUGAUCGGGAUGACAGCCCUUGCGGUGUUCCUCCGCCUUUCAACUGCAUUCCUAUGGCCUUUGGCUUAGACAAUCAACCCAAAGCAUCUAACACAACUCUCUUGAGCACUCCAACAGAGCCUUUUUACCAGGCAUCUGGCACAGAGACCACUGACGAUCGCCCGAUGUUCCCCCUUGUUGAGUCAGCGAAUGCCUUAACGCUGGCGCUGUCCGAUGCACUCGAUGUUGGCGGUGCCACCAAUUUGGAUCCCUUAUCUCCGAGUUCCCUUGGUCAUUGCCACGGUCGAUUUUAUCCAAUGCUCUUCCAACCUCGGACCAAUGACUUGACUCCUUUCGAAGAGUUGUUCGCGUGCGCAUUUCCUGUACUUUUUUACUCGUGGACCCAUUUGAACGCAUGUGCUGAUGAUCUGGAAAUGGUUUUGUCAGUGCUACGUGAACAGUUGAGCCAAACUCUGCUGAGGACCCCUGUCUCUUUAGAUGAAUUCGAAGAGCAGCUGAGUCGUUUCACUCCUCAGAUCGUGCGGUCCAUCUGGAGAGAGCAGGAGGAACGAAGCCAACGCAAGAUGCUACAAUCACACGCGGCGUUACGGGAGCUGCACAUCGACUUGACCAAAGCGCAUGAACUGAAUGUUCGAGAACAGCGACUGAACGCCUUGACUUGCCGAGCUCCGUUAGACUACGUCCCACAGAAAGGAACCCGCCAGUUUGGUAGAGACAAUCAAAAAAUGGAGGUAGUUCUCUCACCUGAUCGGAAGUCAUUGGUGCUACGGGACACAAAGCAAUGUGUCCGGGAAUUAUGGCCUCUAGUUUGUGUGGAUCGUGUUUCGACCGGAGUGGAAGAGAAACUGAAGAAAAAUCCGGAACGUAGCCUCCUUCUUCACAUACGCAUUCGUGAAUCACCUGAACCCCUGCAAAUACUACUGGUCGCCCGCUGUGAUUUGGAUUACAAAUACUGGAUUGACGGCUUUCACAUUCUGUUACGCAGAGGGAUGAAAAGCGAUCAGUUUGAUGCAGACGUGCAAUUCCUCGUUGAUUUGGAUAUGAAAAUCCGUCUGUGCAGUCUUGAUUCGCUUCAGCUUCCAAGUGGACCUCAAGAAAUACCCCCUGAUCCACCUGAAUUCGAUUUCGACGAAGACUGCGAAAUUUAG